AUGCCUUCAACAAAACACAAUUACAUUGGGUCUAAUUUGAAAUUCAGCCACCAGUUACUCAAGAAAAAGUUCCAGACAGCCACUAGAGAGCAGUUGAGUGCCGAAUUGGCCAAGCGGUGUUUCUAUAGGCUUUUCGCGAAGAACGGCUACUUGUUCCAGACAGUAGUCAACCAGGAACCUAACAAAACAAUUACUUCCCUCUUGGGCUUGUGUCAGGAGUUGGUUUUCAAAAACUCUUUAAAGAACCAUCUUCUUCUGCUGGGAAUACAGUUCGACCAGUACCUCAGCUCCGACCUUCGAAAGAUAUACUCAUCUUGGUACGAGAUGGACCGGUUUGAACAACAUCGAGAAGUUAUGAUUCAUGAGAAUGACUUCAUCGAUUUCCGGCUGAAGCUUUUAGUGGAACACACCAACGAGGUGUUGAAGUUGAAGGGGUUCAAGGAAAGGCAGCAGCGGAAGUCACUUUCCUUGUCGUUUGAGAUUACCAACCAACAUGUAGAGCAAUUCGACGAGUACAUGGAAUUCUACUUCAAACCGGUGUUAGUCCACCAUAGAGACAACCUUCGGUAUUCUAGUGGAAGUGAUUCUCCUGGUGCCAGUGAUAGCGAGAACUCUAGCGAGAGUGCUAGCGAGAAAUGUGUGCAGUGCAAUCAUUUUAGGCAGAAACGAACGGAAAGAAUCAAAUGCUUUGGCUGCAGGAGGAUUGCAACCACGAGGAAGGGUAAAAGUAAGAUUCCCACGAGGAGCAAGAUAGAAGAGAUAGAGGAGCCCGGAAAAUCCAAGGAAAUACAUUGUGAAGACUGCGAUCGUUCCAGACACUCUGACCCACACCCUAUUGACCUUAUAAAAGUUCUCGACUACCGACUCCCGCUAGAGCUUCUCCCCAUGUAUUCUCAGUUUAGCCAGAGCUGA